UCGGUAUAGACUACCCCCGGUGGACAAUCGUCGCUCCUACUCGACGAGAAUACAAAGAAUACAAGUCACGAAGUGAGUGAGUGCGGAGACUCGAGAAGAGGUCGAUCAUUCCCCAGUUGUCGGAUGGCUUAAUCUUAGCAUCGGCUGCAUCAUCUGCAAUAUUUAAAAAUUAUUCCCGAUAAUUUUGAGUGAUUUAAAAAAAAUGUGAAUUUCCCCGAAGAGUUGGCAAUUUAACCCAUCAUUUCGGCAAAAUAGUGCGGCAAUUAGUGAAAUCACAAAUGAUUAAAAUGUCGACUGAAGAGACCAGAGUGGGUUGUUUUCAAGUGCUCCUAUUAUUCCUCCUGGCAAUAAAUUGCAUUAUCGUUGCAAUGAGUCAUACAUUACCCGCAUUCCACAAUUACACCCCUAGAUUUUACUGCGAGAGUUUGGAUCAGGGCAAUAGGAGUUACGGAUGUGUACGUGGGGUGGAAUUGGAGAAUUCAACGGGGGCAGGGAAUUUUUGCCAAACUGAUUACGUAUUUGUGACGGAUCGAGGGGAGAAGAGUGUGGUUACUGAUUGGGGACUCGUUUGCGAGAAAAGUUAUCUCCGGAAUUUGGCUAAUGUUGUUUAUUAUGUUGGGGCUGCAAUUGGUGCAUUGAUCGCAGGGGUGGCUGCAGACAGAGUUGGAAGACUUCCGGUUCUUGCGAUUUGCCUGUAUGCGCAAGGGACUAUGGCAGUGGCCACAUACAUUGUUCAGAGUUAUCCGGUCUUCCUGGGUCUUCGCGGUGUUCAAGGGAUAUUCGCACAAGGAUUACACUCAGCGACGUACAUUUUAAUUCUGGAGUUAUUCCCAACAAAGUUCAGAACACUAGUAUUCACUGUGAUGGGAGUCGCCUGGUCUCUAGGAUUACUACUCUUAGCUGGCCUCAGCUACAUCAUCCUGGACUGGAGGAUUCUCCAAUUGGCGGUUUCCGUGCCUACAGCCAUUACAGUCCUCUACGUCGGGAUCAUUCCCGAAUCAACAAGAUGGUUGCUGGCCAAGGGAAAAACUACUGAAGCUGAUAUGGCCCUUGAAAAAAUUACAAAAUACAAUGUCUGCUGUUGUGGUGACAAAGUGCGUAGAGAAUUAGUAGCAGAUAACAGUGAAAACACAACACCUGUUAAACCAACACGAAAAUCUCAGAUUUUUCCUGAUCCCAAAGACAUAACUGAAAGCGAAGCUGCAAAUCUGCUAACACCAACAAAUUCAGCACACCGAAAUUCCCGAAGAAUCAGUUUACGUGCCAUUUCGGAGAAUCUUGAGAAACGAUUAUCUAAUUUAACACCGGAAGCGUUGGCUGAGGGUAAUAAUGGAGAAGUGGAAAUUGGGGAGUCAUCAACGUCUCGGAGUAAUCGAAAUUCUAAGGCAUUCACUGAUGAGAUAAUUGUCGAUGAUGAUGAACAUGUGGGGGAAUCGAAUGAUGGCAGUUCGAUUAAAGUGGACAUUAAACCGGUGGAAAAUCACCUGUCUGAGGAGAGUCAAGCGAAUGAGAACGAAGAGACUGAGAAACUCUCGGGAAUAUCGGAGACGUCGGCUUCUACUAAUCUGUUUUUUAUUAAAUACAGCGGCAUCAUUGCGUUACAAUGGUUCUCGACUUCACUGGCAAACGCAAUUGUAUUGAAAUCACUGCCAAAUUUAUUAGAAAAUCGCCACAUAAAUUUUGCCAUUGGCGGUACAAUAGAACUCGUUAUUUACCUAGUCAUCUAUUUUAUUUUGUCACGGCAGGGAAGACGUUUACCACUGGGUAUUUUUCAGUCUCUCAACAGCAUGAUUUGCAUCUUGAUAGCUGGGCUGGUAUUCCUGCCUCGUCUAACGGCAUUUUGGAUUAGUACGCAAAGCAUUGCGAGAACGACAUUGCUGCUGUUGGGUAGAGUAACGACUACGAGUACAGUGGCUGCAGUUUAUUUGUACACAGUUGAAAUAUUUCCAACUGUUUUGCGAGCUACUUGCUUAGGCGUUUUCACUGUCUUUGGUACGAUUGGUUAUCUUGGUGCACCAUACAUCAGCACCAUGGAGCAUUGUGUACCCAUGGGAGACUUUAUGCUAGCAGCAUUGCUAUGUCUCAUUGCUGGGCUGUCGUGUCUAGUUAUGCCGGAAACACUGAGCAAAGUACUACCGGAUACUAUUCAGGACGCACACAGAUUAACUAUCGGGGAGGAUGCUGGUCAUGCCAAUGAACAGGAGGAUGCAGCCGCUGAGAGGGAAAUCCUCAGAGAAAAAUUGUUUUCCGAAGAUUGGGUCGAUGCUGGCAAUGGAAUUAUCGUUAAUUUUACGGAGAAUAGGAAUUGAUGGGAAUGAGUCUGUAGAUGUCGGUCUGUAAGUGGUGAAGAAUCGGUAAUCAAUGAAUUUCAGAAGAUGUCUGACAACUUUUUUGAUGAAAAUGAAUUUAUCAACUCAUUUGCAUAUUCGAAAAUGUUUAUGAGAAAAUUUUAGCGAUUUUUCAAGUUUAGGCUUUAAUAUUGCGUUAUACGAUGAGCGGGAAUGGUUGCUAACGUUGUAAAAAUCAAUUCUAUCGAAAAAACUUUCCAUAAAAAAAUGUUUUUUUGUGUUGAAUUGAUUUUCUUCAAGAUGAAAAAAAAAGUUUUGUCUUAUGCCUCGUUUCAAAGACAAUUAUGUCUCCCUGGGUUUGAUCAAGUGAUUUUUGUUGAUAAAUAUAUAUCAUUCAUUAAUUAGUCAACAUUUAUCAUGGGAAAAAAUAAUUUCACCAGGAAAUUACCAUUUUCAGAUCGAAAACUUGAAAAAUUUCCUUCAACAUCUCUUGAGGUUUUUUACAUAUUUGAAACCAAUGGAGAUGAACCAAAAGAUAGAUUAUAGAGAUUUUCACCACUGAAAUUGUGUUCUGUACAUAUCUUCGUUUUAAAAUGUUUGAUGGACCAAAAUACAUUGUACUAAUUAUGCAUAAAUUUUAUUCCUACGGUAGACUGAGUAGAAUUCGUUUCUGUAUGUAAUGAAGUUUGAGUUUAAUUUAUUCCGAAGUCAAUAUGUCUGUUGACGCCUUAUUAUCAGUGUUUAAUAUAUUGUUUACGAAGAUAAUAAUAACCAUUG